AUGGCCAAUCUUUCUGCGGUGUCUCUGUUCAUCCUGCAGGGCUUCUCCACUGCCUCCGAGUUACGGCUGCUGAGCCUGACUGCCUUUCUCCUCAUUUACCUGGCGGCAGUUCUGGGGAACAUGUCUAUCAUGGUUGCUGUGAUACUGGAUGCCCACCUGCACACACCCAUGUACUUCUUCCUCAAACAUCUCUCCCUAGUGGAUCUGUGCUCCAUAACCACCACUCUGCCCCAAGCCCUGGUGGCCACCAUGGCAGAUUCCAAAGAGAUUUCCUUCACAGCCUGUGCAUCCCAACUCUUUGCUUUUGUCUGCCUUGGCUCCACAGAAUGUUUCCUAAUCACCUCCAUGGCUUUAGACCGCUGCCUGGCCAUCUACAGGCCCCUGACAUACGGGGCAGUCAUGACUUCUCAGACCUGUGUCUCCCUGGUAGUGCUGGCCUGGGCCAGUGGGCUCCUUUUCUCCACAUUCCACACGGUCAACACCUUCUCCUUGCCCUUCUGUGGCCCCAACAUUAUCAACCACUUCUUCUGCGACAUCCCCCCACUCAUGCGCCUAGCCUGUGCCGACACGCGAGCCCACGAGGCUGCAGGAUUUGUGGUCAGUGGCUGUGUCAUCAUGACCUGUUCUGUCCUCACCUGCCUGUCUUACAUUCGAAUCGUGUGCACAAUGGUUCAGAUCCGUUCUGUGGCAGGCCAACGGAAGGCCUUCUCCACAUGCUCUUCCCAUCUGGCUACCGUGCUCCUGUUUUACGGCACAGGAAGUUCCGCCUACAUGCAGCCCACCACCCACUAUUCCGCGCUGCAAGGGCACGUGGCUGCUGUAUUCUACUCUAUCCUCACACCCACCCUGAAUCCACUGAUCUACAGCUUGAGGAACAAGGACAUGAAGGCUGCCCUGUGGAAACUCUAUCCACAGGUGCCAUCUUGGAGCCUGGCCCUUAGACACAGGAGGGUCCAGAAACGGACUGGCACUGGAUUUCCCCUGUGA